AUGCCGCCAAAACAGCCCCAACGUGAAGCAAAGCCACUAGAGAAGCCCCUGCGCAUCGCCAUAAUCCAUCCUAAUUUCGAGGGUAUGUCGGGCUCGACUCGCUUAUUCCUGAACGCAGCCCUUUCUUUUGAAGCGAAGGGACAUGCUACUACCAUGUUCACCAUAGACUACAAUUUGAAGAAAGAGUGUUUUUCUGAUGAGCACAUGGUAAACAUCGUUUCAAUCAACUCUCAUUUUCCGAGCUCGAUUGGUGGCUAUUGUCGCCAGGUUUUUAGCUUUUUAAAGUGCAUCCUUCUGGUGGUGCUUCAAUUAACUGUGCUUCUUUCUCACGACAUCAUCAUAUGCGAUCAGUUUCCAACAGCUGUUAUCCUUUUGUUUUUGAUAAUGAAGCUGAUGUUCAUGAAGGCUGAUAAAAAACCAACCCUUGUGUAUUAUUGCCACUACCCCGAAUUUGCAUAUCUCGGCCAUUUACAGAAGGGAAUCCUAGUCAGGCUCUAUCGCGGGCUUGUCAACAUUAUUGAAAAAAGCGGAAUUCAAUGCGUCGAUAUUCUUUAUGCGAACUCCAACUUUUCUAAGAAUGCCAUCAUGAAACACUAUCCGCAAUGCAGAGAUGUGGAUGUUUUGUAUCCAGGAAUUUCACAGCCCAUUUCCAGCGAUGUAGCUUCGCAUUCGUUUUUCAAGAAAAAUCCAAUAUGUGACAUUGUCAAAAACACCAACUGCAUCGUUUCGAUCAACAGAUUCAGCAUACACAAAAGUCUCGAGCGAGCUCUGGUAUUAACAAGCGAGUUGAAAAAGCGAAAUGUAAGCUUUACUGCCGUGAUCGCCGGUGGAGGCAAUGACAUCGAGAUUGAGAACUUGAAGCCUUUGCAUGACCUUGUAGCGUUGUGCAAGUCGUACUCGUUAUCGUUUACGGUCGCACAUGCUAAUGAAAUCGUCUUUUCCUCGCAAAAGCAACCUAAAGAUGGCGCUGAUGUUCUAUUUAUUGUGAAUGCCACAAAUGAACAGAAGAGCUUUUUCCUUAGUCACUCCAAAGCGCUUUUGUACACUGCUUCUGGUGAACAUUUUGGCAUGGGCAUUGCUGAGGGAAUGCUUUCCCACUGCCUCCCCGUAGCAAUGGCAUCUGGGGGUCCAUUGGAAAUUAUUGAGCACAUGAGGUCGGGGUAUUUGAUGCCUCAACCAGCUGAUGGUGAGUCUUUUUCUCCGCCUGCAGAUCUUGUCGAUUUAUUGGCUAGGCUUUAUGAUAGCAACUUGGGUGUUGAGGAAAUACCACAAGAUCUCAAGAAAAUAGUGGAUAAUGGAUUUACCCGCGCAAAAUCUCUCUACACAAUCGAUAUCUUCACAAAGACUAUUGUGACCCACUAUUACGAAAGCAGAGCUAAAAUUAAUUAA